CCCAGAAUCGUUCAUGGCCGGGGGGUGUGCUUGUCAAUUUUAUAAAGUGGUUACCAGGCUUCUGCGCUUCAUAAUUCCAAUAUGGCCGUCGGAACGUAGAAAACUUUAGAAGAUUAUUAAAACUGUGCUUUGCAAUGGGAAAGAAAAACCAAAUAACAAGCGACGAAGAUUUAAGAGGUAUUAACAUUUAAAUAGUUCUGUAGUAAAGAGAUAGACGUUAGUUUCCAGCGCAAAGAGUAUUAGUUUGACUUUUAAAUAGCCUUUAUGGUAAAAAGGAGAGUGACAAGAGUGUAGACAGUGUCUCAGACUCACAGUGAAUCACACAAAACAUCAAGUGUGCCAUACCUUUGGCAAGAUUUUUAAAAAACAUUUGCCAUGGUCGUGAAAAAAACAUCACAGUUAAAUGUGGGCAACGGAUACCCAUUUUGGCAUCACGUUGUAUCACAUAGUUGGUAACGAAUAAAAUAGGGUUGGUUGGUGAACAAACACCCAACCACAUCCAAAAAACAUCGGGGUCUAUAGAAAAAGUGGGUCAAUCGGGAAACAGGAACAACAGGAUAUUUUUGUUAGGCCUGAAUAUCCCAUUAAUUUAAAUUCAAGUUGCAUUGUAUCUCGGUGUGCCCUACUUUAUCAUUUUACUCUGUCUAUAAAUGCCAGGGUGCAUUCCGUGUAAACCUCGCGCCGAAGAUAAUCUGAGGUAGUGUUGCCGUGCGCCAAGUUAGGUCAACUUAUGCGCCAGCUGAUUGCGGGCACCGUGAUUUUUCAUUAAUAGUUAGUUGCUUAAAAUUUAAACUUGCUAAAAAGGCAUGUAACUAAUUAAUAAAAUGUUUUGCUGAUGAGCAAUGCUGCGUCAACCACCAAACUGAAAACUUGUGCGCCAACCUCGACGUGAUUGUGCGCCAGCGAUUCAAAAACUCGCGCCGAAGAUCUUCUACAAAACGUGCAUGGAAUGCACUCUGGUAAAAAUGCCAGAUGAUUUUACCCAUCAUGGGGAAAGCGCUGGCCCUCAAUGGCAUAUGGAUGUUUCCCUUAACUCACUCAACUUUACAGUAGACACAGCAGAGGGAUCCAGUUCACCCAAGAAAAAACACAAACACAAGCAUAAGAAACACAAGAGAAAACGAGAGGUGACAGAAAGUGAGGGCCUCGUCGAGGUUGAAUCACCAAGGAAGAAAAAACGUAAGAAGAAAGAAAAGGAGAAAGAUGAGGGAAGGUCGUUAAAAUUGAAAAUAAAAUUAGGUGGACGAACGUUAGCAACUAAACAGUAAGUGAACCUGCUCAUGGCUGCAGAUUUUCUUUUCUUUGUGGAAGUAGCCAAGGAGCAGGCGUUAUAACUGUUGGCAGGGUCAUGGGUAGAAUGUCACAUGCAUUAAUGUUGCAGGGUUAGAUUGAAUGUUAAUUUGAGGGUCUUAUUAAGACAUGACACUGGAUGGCAAGUUUGUUGGCAUCACCCGCAACAAACACAUAUAAGGUAAUCAAACUCCCCCACCCAGGAUAAAGAUAACUAGCUCCAUUUCCUGCACAUGUAUGGUUCGUGGAGUGGACUUGUAAUUUGAUUCAGGGGGUGUUUACAUGAGCCCUACAUAAAGGGAUAGAGACAUACCUGUAGGUCUUCUUUUCAUCUUGUGUUUACACGAGAAAAAUUAACCCUCUCAUUAGGGCGAAUGUCUGAAUCACUGAAACAAGACUCUACAGCCAUGGUGAAGUACUUUUUGGAAGGGCCGAUUAGCAUGCGGGGCUCAUUUAAACACCCCCCUAUAUUUUGAGUUUUGAAGUUUUUGAGUUAGUCUUGUAGACAAUGGAGGUAGCGUCGCUCCACUGCUCUACAAGUAUCACGUUUGUAACGAUUCUAUUUCUAGAGUUCCAACAAUUAGUCCAGUUAUUUCACCCUCAAGUGGUAAACAAGUGAAACAGAGUUCAAAUAAAGAAGAACAGCUCACAGAUGCAUGGGUAGACGAACCUUGGCAAGCAGAGGAUGAGGUCAUUGACGUGCAACAAACAAAAUUGUCUGAAGAGUAAGUACCAGAUACAAGAUUGCAAAAUUGCGUGAUUGCUCUUGUGCACUUCAUAAUAUAUUCAUGUCAUGUGCACUUUAAGAGUUUCAUACAACUGGAUUUUUAAAAGCAAUAAUUUUUACUUAAAUUUUACAUAAAUUUCAGUCAAGAAGAGGAAGAUUGGCUUGAUGCACUUGAAGCAGGUGAACUCGAUGAUUUUGGCAGAUUGAAACAAGAACAAGACACCAGCAUGAUGACUGCAAGACAGGUCAGUUUUCGCAACUUCCCGAUAAUUUUGCUUUCUUGUAAUAAAUUUGUAAUUGAAAUUAUGUUUUCCAUAGAGAGCAAUGUUAGGUCAUGAAAUACAAGGUGAAAAUGAACUCAUGGAAUUGCCAACAGGUAAGCAUUCAUGCCAAGCCUCAACACCUUCUUUAGUUGCAACUGUGUAGUAACACUGGUCACUGAUUUCCAAAAUGGAUGCCGCAAACUUUGUGUGAGAAAUUUACGGGGGUUCGGUGGCCAAGUGGUUAGCGCACUUGCCUUUCACCUCUGAGGCUGCAGGUUCGAGUCUCACUAAGUACCUUCUCAGUGCGACUUGAACCCAGUCCCCAUGUGAAAAGAGUAAAAGUCAACGCUCUGCCGAAAGCUGUGGGUUUUCCCCGGGUACUCCGGUUUCCUCCCACAGGGAAAGUUGACAGGGUGGGUUAGGUAAAAAGGGCUCACAGUAAUUGGCAUAUGCUGUUGUGGUGACCCUGCCCUAGUUGGCAAAGCUAAAUAAAUAAGACUAGUCUAACUCUCUGCUCUUGUUUUCAAUGUUCAUGUUGACAGCAAUUUUGAUUAAAAAAUUAUUGACCAAUUUUAUUUGUAAAAUCUCAGCCUCUGAAUUAUAUUUCAUUAUUUCUUCUUGCCAACUAAAAAUGGAUUUUGUGAGCCAUUUGAGGCAUAAUUAGUCCAUAAUUCUCCCUGGUCCCACUCCCCCACCGUAGCUCACUUGCUGUUUUGCCUUGCCAGCUGUGUGACCCCGAACUUACUCUCUCCACUCGCUACACUACAUGCAUAUGUCACAUUGUUGACUUUGACCCGUUCUAAGCCCAAACUUUCCAUGGGGGUCGUGAGGUAGAUCGCUGCACACCUCCCUGAAAUUUUUUCUACCUCCCCAACUAUUUCCACCAAAAUCCGGUCUUGAGACAUGCUACUACGAUACAAUGCUGUCUCAAACUUCCAGCGAGAAAGAAGGAUGAGAAUUCUGAAGAAGCAGUCAAACGACGGAAACAGCGAGCAAAGAAAAGGAAACAACAGAUGGAAAAGCAAAUUGAAGAAAACAAGGUGAUUAUGCACAUUCAUUGCCUUUGGAGUGAUACAGUAACACUUUCAAUUGGUCACAGUUGCUGACACUGGCGGGGGGAGGGAAGGGGGGAACUACCCACCCACCCUAACCCCCCUUUUCGACCAAGAAAGCAUGGUAGGCUAAUUAGAUUAAGCUAUAAUAUUGCAUUGAACUUUAAUUAAGGCAAAAAAAAUGAAAUAAGUACAAUAAAAAAAUUAAAUACACCUUCUAACUAAAAACAUUUAUUUUAGGUACAAACAAUUGAACGUCUUUUAAAAAAACAAGUGAAAUCAAGAAAAGAACUGGAAAAGCAGAAACGGAUCCAGAAAGCCGAUGUUCCCCGAGUGACUUACUUGAACAAUAAGAAUGGGAUUUCAAUAUCUUUCCCUGUUAAUAUGGAGGUACCUUUUAAAAAGAGAGUUCUAGAAAGGUAAGAUAUGUUGGCAGGGCCGCCAAGAGGAUGUGUGGGGCCUGUGACUCUUCCACAGUCCCUAACAUUGCUUAUUCGUGUAAUGAUUCAUGGGAAUUAUCUUAAUUCAACACAUGUUGGGUAAGUGACUGGGGACAAGUCAGACUGUGUCCUUCAUAAUUCAUUCUAGCAAGACUAAGGAACCAUUCUCGACCCAGAGCCUUUCUUACGCACAGUCAGCAACAAGGGGGCCUCUGGCAAAAUCCAGAAAAACAUGGUAUCUGGUUAAAUACUGUGCAUACUCAGUAAGAGUUGAGCAUGCGCAGUGUUUAACCGGAUAGCAUGUUUUUAUGGUAUAAAGCAUAAUAAAUUUGAAGUUUAUUUAAUUUCCUAAUUUUAUAGUCCUCCGUCAAGGGCAGUGAUGUGUGCAGUUGAAGGCUGUGCAAACGUAAAACGGUACUUGUGCUCUCGGACGAAGCUACCUCUCUGCAGUUUGGAAUGUUAUAAAAAGAUGCAACAGACAGACUCGUUCGCUGUAGGAGUGGCGUAAUGUACAAGUUAGUGCAAAUACGUUUUCUUACAUAAAUCCUUCAAAACGGAGCAAUGGCUGACUUGAUGUAAACUAAGAUUCAUGCAUCAUCCGUUUCGCAGACUAUCGAUCUGUCUUUGUAGAAACACAAGACGAACUGUCAGGGUGUAAUAAAUCUACAUUUCUAGCUGAUACUCCAAAUGUGAUUAUACUCCCGCAUACUCGAGCUAGUACAAACGUAAGACUCUAGGUGUACUUUGUAAGAUAAAGUAUGGUACAUAAAUCACAGUUUUCUAAACGAUAUUCGGUAACCUGAAACUACAUCUUCGUAAAACAAGAAGAAACACAUACAAACACAUACGAUUCACUCCAAUCUUUUUGGUGCAUUACUGUAACGAAAGACAAACUACCUUUUUUUGUAAUCGAGAGGUUCAGAUUUGACUUCUACUACCAUCAGGCAUUACCACUACCUCUCACAAGUAGAUUGGUUUUUUGGGUAAAUUAAAUGCAACUGAUUGGUUAAUGGUAUAGCGGUAACUAGUGGAAGCCAAAAUCUAAACCUCCCUAAUAUCUAAAACCUGUCCAAAGCUUCUGGGCAGCAAGCCUGAAAAUAUAUUUUCAACGGUGCCUGACAAAGUGUUGCUGUAUUACUGUAAUAUGCUGCCGGACAAACUGUCCGGCAAAAACCAGUGUUACCGGACAAUUACCUUCUCGUAUCGGACAAUAUCCAUGACCGGCCGCUUAUUUUUAGGCUUGUUGGGCAGCAUAGAAUACAAAAUUUCUGUUGGAUUUCAUGAUUGCAACUUGUGUGGCUAUCGUAGCCUGUGCAGAGACUGAAUUACAAGAUAAAUUAAUUACAAGCAAUUUUCAGUACUGUCGGUUUAUGCAUUUCCCAGCUUAGUCAUUAUAGUCAAGUGGUCUCAAGUUAUACUUGUCAUCUUAAAACUAGAAAUGUUAAAAUGUUGCAGACAUCUCCUUAUAAAAGCUCUUCUUCAUACCAUAAACUAGAAAAAGUAAAAAAAAAGUAAGUAGGAAAUAAUAUAAAC